AUGGCUAAACAAAGCAAAAAACAGAACAAGGUUACCUGGAGAGUACCUAAAGUGAACAAAAUAGACAAGUACCUUUGUUCAAUAGAAAAUAUAAAUGCAUCCUCUUCUCUUACUACAUUUAAUGAUGGUACAAAUGCUGUUGAUCCUUCCCUUCCUGCUCCAUUGAGCAAUUAUGAAUUGUCUCAAGAAAUUGAGGCACUCAAAGAAAGAAUAGAUUACUGCGAGGAUCUCAUCAUUGAUCUUUGUGAUCAACAAGAACAACAAGAACAGCAGCAGCAAAAGCAAGCAUCUCAAGAGGUCCCUCCUUAUGGAAAAAUAGUUAAACUUUCCCUCUUAAAAUAA